AUGUAUCUCAUAAAGAUACCAUGUUCGUCAGCCAACAUCGGCCCGGGCUUUGAUGUCAUCGGCCUGGCACUGUCAAUGUACCUCGAGAUCCGCGUGAGCGUCGACACGUCGGCGCCCGCAAACCCGGCCACCAACCCGCUCAACUGCACCGUGACAUACACGGGCGUGGGCGCCGAGGACAUUGACCUGGACCCAGAGAACAACCUGCUCACCCGCACGGCGCUGUACGUGCUGCGCUGCCACCAGCAGCACGAGUUCCCGCCGCAGACGCACGUGCACAUCCACAAUCCCAUUCCGCUCGGUCGGGGGCUGGGGUCCUCCGGCGCCGCCGUCGUUGGGGGCGUGGUGCUCGGCAACGUCGUCGGCCAGCUGAACCUCCCUAAGCGCCGGCUCCUGGACUUCUGCCUCAUGGUCGAACGCCACCCAGACAACGUCGCCGCCGCCCUCUACGGCGGCUUCGUCGGCACCUAUCUCAACGAGCUCGACCCCGUCGACAUGGCCAGGAAGGAGGUCCCGCUCUCUGAAGUCCUGCCCGAACCCGCCGGGGGCAUCGACACGGGCCUGAUACCCCCGAUCCCGCCCGAGAACAUCGGGCACUACAGGAGAUUCAACUGGGCCAAGGAGAUCAAGGCGUUGGCCAUCAUCCCGGACUUCGAGGUGAGCACCGCCAAAGCCAGGCAGGUGUUACCAAAGGAAUACUCCAGACAAGACAUGAUCUUCAACCUCCAACGCAUCGCCCUGCUCACCACCGUCCUCUCCGACUCCCCUCCCGACCCCUCCCUGAUUUACUCGGCCAUGCAAGAUCGAAUCCACCAGCCUUACCGUGCCGGCCUGAUCCCAGCCCUACCGUCCAUAUUAUCUUCCAUGUCCCCCCAGACACAUCCAGGCCUUCUGGGUAUCUGCUUGUCCGGCGCUGGGCCGACCAUACUGGCGCUUGCGACCGAGAAUUUUGAGCGCAUCGCCGAUGUUAUCAUCAAGAAGUUCGGCGAGGAAGGUAUCAACUGUGAGUGGAAAGUCCUGGAGCCCGCAGAAGAUGGGGCGACCGUGCAAGAGGUGCCCGGGGACGUAGUGAUGUAUCGGAAAGAGAUCAGUAAAGCUUGA